CUCGCCGAGACUAACAGCGAAACACUUCGCAAGAGGCUAAGCGCUGGUCUUGGCAGACAGACAUCAAUCCACCUAUACGUUGAAAAUGGCGACGCAGACAAUUGAUGACGUGCUGGUUUGCUUAGUGUCUAUGGGCUUUGAUCUUAAGGACUGCCAAGAUGCCAUACAUUUUGGAAAAAUAACAGUUGAAGAUGCCGUGGAAUGGCUUUUUGCAGGGAAACCUGGCUUUUCUGGUACACCAGCACUUAAGCUUAACACACAAACCACCAGUUUGCCGAGCUUGGCACCAGAUACCAGGUUGCCAUUUGCACGCCCUGUGGACAUCGCUGAUACCAAAGGUGAAUCCACAACACAACCAUCAUCUGAUAGUGAUAUCGAUUCACAAGUUGUCAGUCGUCUGCACCUUACAGAUGAAAAACGCCAGAUGAAAAACAAAUUUGAAGAAAAGGCCCGUGCGGAGGCCCAAAGAAAAGCAAGGCUGGAAAAGAUGGAGCAAAGACGGCAACAUGAGCUUAUUCUUAAGGAAAUACAAGAAGAUAGAGACAAGCAGAAAAUCAUGAGAUUACAUGGGCCAUCUGACAGCAAUAUAACAUCGUCUGAUCCAGAUUUUAUUGUGGUGUCAGACAUCAGGGCUGGUUCUGAAAGUCAGUUCACAGCUUCAAGUCCAGAUGAUGUUCUGUGCCUUUUGCAGAUUCGAUUGCCUGAUGGCCGUACACUUCGUAAGAAGUAUGCUGCAUCCACAGCUCUCAGUCAAGUAUGGAAUGAUGUCACAGAAGACAUGAAUCCUAGACUGUUGAAUCAGUACUAUUUCAUUCAGCCAUUUCCAAAACGAGAAUUUGUACGAGAAGACAUGUCAAAAACUUUGCAAGAUCUUGGAUUAUGCCCUUCAGGAUCAUUAGUUUUAAACAUGAGGAAAGAAGAAACAGCCUUGCAGCAAGAGACAGAAGGGCCAUCAGCAGGAAAAUCACAACAGGAGGAGAAAGGAGAAAUGAUGGAAGUAGAAGAAGAGGAAAUGGACAAUGAGGAAGAGACAGUUGCUGGACCUGCACACCAGUGGAGGCGUGGCAUUCAUUUUGAAGAUAGGCAGGACGAGCCAGAAAUGGACGAAGACACUGAUGAGGAUGAAGAAAGUGGGAUUGCAGACCGUGUAGCAAUGGGUCUUCCUCCAGCAUUUGGCAGAGGAGGAGGAGGUGGAGGCCUGUUGCCAGGUAUAAUGAGAGGCAUUGGAUUUGGGAUGCCAGUCAAUAACUGGCAGCAGCAAGGUUUUAGACAAGGCCUUGAUCAAGGCAUGGCAUUCAGUGGUCAUGGACAGCGUCUAGUUCCUGUUGGUGCUCCAGGUGCUGACGACCAAGGACACCACAGUCGGCCUGCUACCUCUCUUGCAGCUGAGGCUGCUCAGGAGAGAUCUGUCAGGCAGCCACCUCAGCCUUCUCAGACACCUAGUAGCACGAGCCACAACAGCCCAACACACCCAACCAGCGAAAUCCCGACCUUACUGCACAUGUGCAUGAACAUUAUCAUUUGGCGCAUAAAUGAUCCUCGUAACCCAUUGCUGUCUCUUUCUGGGGUACCGGAGGAACUUGCACAAAAGCUUUUAGACCAUCUGCUCAAAGAAAAACAGCUGAGACCCAAAACGCUCAAUGUGUUUAUCCCUUGCUACCUCCAAAAACUGGUUCUGGACUGCUACAGCUAUACAACAAAUGAGCUCUUGAAUGCUGUGAGACAUCACAUGCACCUUCAGCAUCUCAGUCUUAGAUCCUGUCCUCUUAUAACAGAGCAGGGACUUAAACCACUUACAAAUUUGAAGAAACUACGCUAUCUCAAUGUGAGUUCUUGCCGGCAGCUUACAAACAGCUGUUUGCCUAUUAUAGCAGAGUUCUCCAAACUGAACACUCUAAACCUUGAGGACACAGGUGUGACAGACAGUGGAAUGGCAGAAUACUUGGCCACAAAGCCACCUCUCCAGCAUCUUAAUCUCAACAGGACUUCUGUGACGCAGGCCAUCAUCCCUCACCUGAAAGCUCUUGAAGGAUUAAGGUCCUUGUAUUUGGAACAGACCAAUGUUUCCAGUUUGCAAGGUAUAUCAGACCUCCAGUUAGAAACCCUUGACGUCGCACACACUGAUAUAUCGACCGACACUUUAGUGGAGCUGAUGAGGAUGCCAAAUCUGACACAGCUAAGCAUUGCUAAUACAGAGUUUGUGGAUGGAGACUUGGCUUUGGAAUUCUUGGCUGGUCUAAAGCUGACAGCACUCAACCUUCCCAACAGACACACUACAACGAGCAAGGGGCUGGCUUUCAUCACCGGCUUCCAGCUGCACUCUUUGGACCUUACCAACUACAUCAAUGUAGGCGAUGAAGGCAUGCAGCAUGUGGGAAAGAUUACAAGUUUGAAGAAACUGUUGCUGAGUAACACAAAAGUGACAGACGAGGGUAUGAUGCACUUGAAAGGGCUGACAAAGCUAGAGGUGUUGUAUCUGGACCGCACUCAAGUGUCCGAUCCAGGUGCAAGUAUCAUUAAAGGAUUUACAAAACUUAUUGAGCUAAGCCUUUCAUCAUCAGGGGUAACCAGCAGAUUCUUGAUGCAAGGAACUCUUAAGAGAUGCCAAAACUUGACAAAACUCAACCUUAGUCGCACCAAUGUUGCAGACAAAGGUAUUGUGCAUCUUCGGCUGCCAAAUUUACAACUUCUUAAUCUAGACUGUACACGGGUCCAUGAAGCCAUAGUUGACCAGAUACAUGCCAACUGUCCAUCAUUAAAAACUGUGACCAUUGCCAAUCUUACUCCAGUUGUUGAGGAAGAGGAAGAGGAAGAAGAAACAUAGAAAGAUCCCUUUGUAUGUUUCUUGCUUUGUUAAAAAGUCAAAUACGUUAUCAGAAAAUAACUUUAUGGUGUAAAAUUAAGAUGUAAAUGCAUAGGCUUGAGAAAAACUGAAGAGCUGAGAUGUGUAAGAUUGCCAUAUUAUUAGAACUUUGCAAUGUUUUGCUCCACUGCAUGAGUUGUUUAAAAACAAAAGAGUAUGAGCUAAAAGGGAAGGAACCUCUUAUGAUGUCUGGGUUGUUCUUUGUAUGCAGUGUCAAAAAUUACAAAACAAUUUAUAAAGUUUUUUUUUUCAAAGCAUAAAUUUUAUUCCUUUGUGUUGCUUUAUAAGGAAUUUUAUAUUAGAAGAAAUAGUUUGAAUUCAAAUAAAUCUAGUCACAUUGGUGUAAAUGCAUGUGCAUACACAGGUGAAAGCAUCUUUUUACCCAGAGCUAGCACACACAAGCAUUCGUAUUCAAAGACAUGCAUGUACACAUUUACACAACAGCUAUGAAAUAGUCAAUACAAUGAUUUGUGAGGGAUUUAAAAUGCAUUUUAAAAAGUUUUAAUGUGAAUUUUGCCACUUACUGAUGAGGUUCAUGUUAUAAAAAAAUAUUACCUUUCUUUUGGCAUCAUCAGAAUGAUUAUACAUAUUUUUGUCACUCAUUUGGUAUGCUUAGUGUGCUGUAGCUAAAAGAGCUUCUCUGUUGUCACCAAUAAUUUGUUUGAUUGCAGUGUUAAGGUGAUUUAGUUUAGGUAUAGGGUUUUAGAAAUGAAUGCUCUGCCUGUGUCAGCAUUAUCUUUUAAAGCUUUUUGAAAAGUUUUGUUUUAAUUGACUUGUAUGAGCUAUUUUUAGAAUACAGAAGUUGUCUGUAAAUAAUUAUUGCAUUUUCACCUAAAAAUAAUUGAGAAUUUUAAGAUGUUUUAGUCAUUGUCAGAGAAUUUUGACAUUUUAAUUCAUGAUAAAUAUGAUGGUAACAGUAAUUCAGUAGUUUUCAUAACGUAUGAUCAAGGCUGAUACAGAUGGCAUACUUGGUGCUUACGUUCCGAGUGUUAAGGUGAGUGGAGAGAUUAAGUUUUAGAAGUAAAAUUUGUGCAGCCUUUUACUUUGCUGUAUGAAGAAGUCUUUAAUGCACUUACCAUAUAUUUAAGAUAUUCUUGCUAAUGAUUGUUUUGUGGAAAUGUUGAAAUACGCCAGCACCAGUUGCAAGAUCGUUAAGGUGGCAAUGUUCAAGAGAAUGUUACAUUUUUUAGAAUUGGGUUUAAAGUUUUGAAGGAGAAUAGACAGAUUAACAAUUUUAUGCUUAAUAGAUUCAAUAUCAGAUUAAUAAAAACUGAAAUAAAAUUAGUGAUAUCCAUUCAUUUGCUUAAAUUUUAUGAAUACUCAUUUUACGCUAUUACCAAUAGCUUUUUGUUUUAUGAUCCUAUAGUUGUGUUUGAGACAUCUGUUUUUGCAUACAGGAACACAGAUAAGUUUCUGUUAAUGAGUAAAUCUAUUUGCUUAUUAAAAUAAAUAUUUGUUUUAAGUUCAUGCAUGCAAAAAUGAACAUGUUGAUUUAAUAGUGAAGUCUAACCUACAUGUGGAGUGUUAGUUGCAAAUUGUGUAAGUUUGAAAAAAUUAUUUUGGGAGGCUUUUAUUGACUGAAGCAUGCUAAGUGUGUUAUAAAGUAAUUUUCAAAAAGUAUCAGGAGACGAAAAUGUGCUAGAGUUGGUCAGCAUAAGAAAACUCAUACUGCCAACUAUUUUAGAAAGAUGCUUUGUUGAAACCUAGUUUCUUGCUACAGUGGAACAGGGACUGUGUACAGUAUAAAGGGUAAAAAUGUCUGUCUUCCAUGAUGGAGUCAGUAUGCAUUCAGCAAUCAUCUGUGAAUGAUUCUUGCAUUAAAAAAUGUUUGGCUGAUAAUUGGCAUUGGUCUUUUGAGGGAAGGGUGGUUUGACUAUGCCCCAUAUAUGGGGUGAUCAGAUGGAUUCACUAAGUUCUUUUAAUGUAUUUCACCGAUGAAAGCUGGAAAUUGUUUGCACUGUACAUCCUCUCUGAUUACCCUCUAUCCUGGAUAAGAAAAGAUUUAAUAAUAAUAACAAACGUGAUUUAUAUAGUGCAUAAUCAUGUUCACGAAGGAACAUGUUCUCAGCGCAUAAGACAAGUAGGAGACAUUUAUUAUUGGGUUUUGUGAGUGUAUUUUUAUUUUCAAGUAAUAUCUGCAAGUCUUCGGUCAUAUAUAUAUAUAAAUAUAAAAUUCCUUAACAUGUUGCUUAAACGGAUUGUAAAGGCAAAAUAAAACUGCUUAGAAUCUUGUAAAGAGUAGGAUACGUUUGAAUCUCGUCUAUUUUGGUGUCUGUUCAUGUGGAAACAAGUUGAAUGCUUUAUACUAUAGGAUGUAGUGUUAGAGAAAUUACAAGGGGCUCUUUCGUUUGCUUCAACGAAGUCUCGUCCUCCGAUGUCAUCAACUCGAUCCCAGUGUGAGCUGAUGCAAUGAUAUGGUUGGACAUUGCUCAUAGCCAUCUUGAAUGUUAUCACUAAUAUAUAAAUAAUCCAACUAAAGAAACACCACCGAUCACUUGAGUUCAAUCCUAACAAUGAUGACACUUCCUUUCCCUCGCUGACAUAGCAUGCUACAGCCUUAUCAGCGUCGUCACACCCUUUACCUUUAAUUGCAAACAUUCACUUGAGAAAAAAAAAAACGAACAAGGGUGGUACCGGUGAGUUUAGGGUUUAGCAGCUGACACUUCAGCCACUUGCUGCAGACUUUGCAUGUUUCAUCAGAGGAAGCACAGAACCUGUCCUGGAAUUUUCAUCGGUGGUACCUGGAGCAGAAAGACGAAAGUUCGAGGGACUGCAGGGGUGGAGCGGAUACAGUCAGUAUCAGUCAUGCUUUUAUUUUAUUUCUAUUUUGCGCUACAAAAAUUGGCGACUGACGGUAAAAAUUCGAAGAUCGAGGGAUUGCACAGAUUAGUGUUUCAGGGAUUUUUAAAUGGAAUCUUGUCACAAAGUAUUUAUGUUCACUGCAGCCAGCAUACGUUCACCGUUUUCGGGUGUCUGCUCAUUGAAAGUCUUCCGGAACAUGGAUUCCCGGCCAUCUUUACAGAGUCGGCAUCACAAGUUUUCCUGGGCUACAUUCACUGAAUUAGUCACGACAGCCUUCGUAAUCAAUCGAAUAGUUUUCGUGGACGAAGAUGAAGCUUUAUGCAGAUUGGCUGAUCUACUCAAUCACUGUGAUUGCGACGUUUAUAGUCCACAACCUCAUUCAACGGUUCUGAACAGAUUUCCAUCCUACAGUAGAGCCACAGGAAAGUGUUCACACAUUCUAACUGUUCAAUAUGGCCAAAAAUCAUCAUCAGAAAGAUCACGGACGUGUACAGAAUUUGUAUAAAGUGUCCUUUACUGUAUUUGUUACUUUUUUAUAUGCCUAAAAAAUUAACUUCAAAAUUCAGGUCAGCUUCUAUGUUGCCAAGCACAUUUUUUUCUCUAGUCUAGCUUUUCAUCUUCCUCCCAUUACACUGGGUCUUCGUAGAGGAUACAGGUGGAUGUAUUAAUGUAUUGUAGACUUGUGUGUGUGUGAAAAUUUGUGAGCAAAUGCAUUGCUGUUGAUUUAAAAUGUUAUACGGUAGGGAUAUCAGUGGAUUUUCUUAUUUUCAUUUUCUACACCCUCUUCUUUUCUCUCUUUACCUGGAGGGUGUAUACUAAUGUUGUAUUAUAGUAUUAAUUAUUUUUUUAUGUUUGUUAAUAAAUACAUGUGUAUCAA